UUUGCCACAAACGCUUCAGAAACGCUUAAUUUGCGCCGCUGUCGAAUUUGCAUCUGGUGCGUGUGAAUAAAAAUAUUCUCUCGUAGUUUAUUAUCCGGAUUCCCUUUUCGAUAGGCUGUGGUGUUGUAUAGGUGAUAAAGUGCCUCGGUAAACCAUUAUCCCAGUGUACUUAUACGGUAAAACAUAUCUGCCAUAUCGAAUCCGAAAGAAUGGCCGUCGUACAGCAAGCUGGCAAUAUGCAACAAAUGGCGUCUCACAGCGAGAAGGUUUUCCAGUGGAUAAAUGAGCUGUCGAACCCAGAAUCGCGUGAAACGGCCCUGCUGGAGCUUAGCAAAAAGCGCGAAACCGUCCCGGACCUGGCCCCGAUGCUGUGGCACAGCUUCGGCACAACUGCGGCUCUGCUGCAGGAAAUCAUCCACAUUUAUCCUUCGAUCAAUCCGGCCACCCUAACAGCACACCAAUCGAACCGGGUAUGCAAUGCGCUGGCCCUGCUGCAGUGUGUCGCUUCCCAUCCGGAAACGCGUUCCGCUUUCCUGGCCGCACACAUUCCACUCUUUCUCUAUCCGUUCCUGCACACCACCUCCAAGACGCGUCCCUUCGAGUACCUUCGGCUGACGUCGCUUGGUGUGAUCGGAGCGCUGGUGAAGACCGACGAACAGGAAGUGAUAACGUUUCUGCUGACGACGGAAAUCAUUCCACUAUGCCUGCGCAUCAUGGAGUCGGGCUCGGAGCUGAGCAAAACGGUGGCCACCUUCAUAUUGCAGAAGAUUCUGCUGGACGAUAGUGGUUUGUCGUACAUCUGUCACACGUACGAUCGGUUCUCGCACGUCGCCAUCAUUCUGGGGAAGAUGGUAAUAUCGCUGUCUAAAGAACCAUCGGCCAGAUUGUUGAAGCAUGUCGUACGCUGUUACCUUCGGCUGUCAGAUAAUCCACGUGCUCGGGAAGCGUUGCGGCAGUGUCUGCCGGAUCAGCUCCGUGAUGGCACGUUUACGGCGUGCCUGCAGGAGGAUAAAUCGACCAAACACUGGCUGACGAUGCUGCUCAAGAACCUGGACACACCGGCAGGACCCGUUACCGAUCCGCGCCAGGUUGGCAUUGCUCCGCUCACCUCGUAAGCGAGGUAAAGCUAAAUUAAGCAACUUCACACUUCAAGGGCUGUAACCGUGCAACCAGUGCCAGAGAGUUGACGGCAGACAACGGAGAAUGGCUCUCCUUCCACUUCGUUGUCGGUUUAUUUUUCCUUUUUCAUUUUGUUGAGAUAUGAGCUAACAUAGCAAUGUAGAGUUAGACAAUGGCGAUCGAACCGCUCGUUACGCUUAGAAAUUAAAUUAUCGUCCAACUAGAAAUUAACGCUCGGUUCGCUCUUCGAUGCCGUGCUGUAGAAAGUGCACCGUUUAAUGAUGGUUUGUUUUGCAUUCUAUUAGCGAUCGCGAACGAUCGAGAAUUUGUACAGACAAAUUUUAAGACAACAUUUAGAGGAUAAACGUGGUAAAGGGUGUAACGAAUGCAUCCGUUUUGUAGCGUUCUUUGAAAGAAGGCUUUUAUACAGAGACAGCAAGAGCUAUAGCAACAACCAUCUGUACAUGCGUAGACGCGUGGGGAGCAUAAUCACUAUUAAGAAACUUAUUGUACGUAUUGAGCGAGGUUCAAAAUUCGUUUGUUGGAAGAUGAACUGCCUCUCGCCGUGUGUAAUAGAAUCCAGCAUAAAUAGAUUACAGGAUAAUAGGUAGUGCGAUUCCGAUUCGACGUUCGAUCCCAAACGAAUCAGAAUAACUGCAACGCACAGAAAUGUAAUACGAAAGCUCACUCAACGCCUAUACCUGUUAGUAUUAAAUGUGAAUCGAAAUUCAA